AUGGACGUCGAAUUGCUGCCCGGCCGCUCGCAGGCUUUCGUUCCUCCCCCGCCGCAUCAAAAACCCGAAAAUGUGCUGAAGCGGGCCAACGAGCUCAUCGGCGUCAACCAGGCGCCGGCGGCUCUGACCCUGCUGCACGAGCACAUCACGUCGAAACGCUCUCGCAAUGUCCCCAUCGCCUCGCUGGAGCCCGUGAUGCUCCUCCUCGUCAACCUCUCCGUCGAACAGAAGAAGGGAAAGCUGGCCAAGGACGCCCUCUACCAGUACAAGAACAUCGCCCAGAACACCAAUGUCGCCACCAUCGAGCUGGUCCUCAAAGACUUUAUCGAGCAGGCCGCUGAGAAGGUCAAUGCGGCCCAGAAGAAGGCCGACGAGGUCCAGACCAGCCUCGAGGCCUCCGCCCAGAUCGACGGCACCACGAACAUCGACGACCUGGAGGCGUCCGAGACCCCCGAGUCGAUCCUGCUGGCCACCGUCUCCGGCGAGCAAUCCCGCGACCGUACUGACCGUGCUAUCGUCACCCCUUGGCUCAAGUUCCUCUGGGAGGCAUACCGCACCGUUCUUGACAUCCUCCGGAACAACGCCCGUCUCGAGCUCAUGUACCAGAGCACCGCCAUGCAGGCCUUUGAUUUCUGCCUCAAGUACGCUCGCAAGACCGAGUUCCGCCGUCUCUGCGAGCUGCUCCGCAACCACGUCCAGACCGCCGCCAAGUACUCCACCCAGAUGCACGCUAUCAACCUCAGCGACCCCGACACUCUGCAGCGCCACCUAGAGACCCGCUUCCAGCAACUCAACGUCGCCGUCGAGCUUGAGCUGUGGCAGGAGGCCUUCCGCAGUGUCGAGGACAUCCACACCCUGCUGAGCCUCAGCAAACGCCCGCCCAAGAACAUUAUGAUGGCCAACUACUACGAGAAGCUCACGCGUAUCUUCCUCGUUGGCGAGAACUACCUCUUCCACGCCGCCGCCUGGUCGCGGUACUACCACCUGCUACGCCAGUCCUCCAUCCUUGUUGCCAACGGCCAGGGCAAGAAGUCGGACAACCCGCCUGCCUCGGAUGCCGACCUCGAGCGCGCUGCGUCGUUUGUCCUGUUGUCCGCCCUGUCGAUCCCCGUCAUCAGCACCACGCGCUCGCGUGGCGCUAUGGUCGACUUUGACGAGGCCCGCAAGAACAAGAACUCGCGCCUCACGCACCUCCUGAGCAUGAACUCGGCACCCACCCGUGCCGGCCUGUUCCGCGACGCCCUUUCCAAAUCCCUGCUGCGUCGCGCCCGCCCGGAGAUCCGUGACCUGUACAACAUUCUCGAGGUUGACUUCCACCCGCUGUCCAUCUGCAAGAAGAUCUCGCCCAUCCUGACCCAGAUUGGCGAGGAUGCGGAGAUGCAAAAGUACAUUCUGCCUCUGCAGCAGGUCAUCUUGACGCGCCUGUUCCAACAGCUGUCGCAGGUGUACGAGACGGUCGAUCUCGAGUUCGUCGAGAGCCUGGCCCAGUUCCCCGAGGCGUACCAGGUCACCCGUGCUACCGUCGAGAAGUUCAUCAUGAACGGCAACAAGAAGGGUGACCUCGCCAUCCGCAUGAACCACGCCACCGGCGUCCUGAGCUUCGACUCCGACAUCUUCUCGUCGGCCAAGGCGACCCACGCUGGCUCCGCCGCCGGGUCUGCCGAGACGGAGGCGAAGUCGGUCCAGCGCCUGCAGAGCACGCCGUCUGAGAUUGUGCGCUCGCAGCUGAGCCGCCUGGCAAAGACCCUGUACACCACCUGCUACUACAUUGACUCGUCCUUCAACCAGACACGCAUCGAUGCGCGCGCUGAGGCUCUGGCGCGUGCCAAGGCUGGCGCCGAGCAGGAGCACCUCGACACCCUGGGCCGCAAGGACAUUAUCCAGAAGCGCAAGGAGGAGGCUUCGGAGCUGCAGGCCAAGCGCGAGAAGGAGAACGCCAAGAUCAAGAAGAUGCGCGAGCUGGCGAUCCUUGAGGCUGAGCAGCAGCGCCAGCAGCAGGAGCAGAAGGAGCGUGAGCUGAAGCGUAUGGAACGCGAGCGCGAGCAGAUCCGGCAGACCGAGGUCGAGAACAUGAUCAAGGAGCUCAGGAUCGGGCCGAAGGCUCUCGACAUCAACGGCGAGGACCUGGCCACCCUGGACCCUCAGAGACUGCGUGCCAUUAAGCUGCAGCAGCUCGAGCGCGAGAAGAACGACGUCAACGAGCGUCUGCGCGUGACGGGCAAGCGCAUUGACCACCUUGAGCGCGCCUACCGCAAGGAGGAGGUCAAGAAGCUGGCCGACGACUACGCUGAGCAGCAGAAGCGUGACCUGGCCAACUACGAGGCCGCUAAGGCCGAGACCCUCAAGGAGUCGAAGCGGAAGCACGAGGCCAAUGUCGAGCUCAAGAACCGCCUCAGCCGUCUGGUGUCCAACUUUGAGCAGUUCCGCGACGAGAUCAUUGACCGUCGCCGGGACGAGUUUGACCGCCGCCGCCGCGAGGCAGAGCGCGAGCUGGAGAAGCAGAUCACCCAGCGCAAGAAGGAGUACCGCGAGCGGAAGCUGCGCGAGAAGCGCGAGCGCGAGGAGGAGGAGCGCCAGCUGCGCGAGGCCGAGGAGAAGGCCGCCCAGGAGAAGGAGGAACAGAAGAAGCGCGACGAGGCCCGGAGAGAGGAGAUGGCCCGCCUCAAGGCCCAGCGCGAGAAGGAGCACCAGGAGGCUCUGGAGAAGGCCGCCCUCCAGGCGCGCCGCGAAGAGGAGGCCCUGGCAAGACGCAAGGCAGAGAAGCUUAACGCCGGUGCCGGCAUAUCACGGCGCGACGCCGCCGCCGACGCGCCUGCUACCGAGCGCCGGCCAGUUCUUAACCUGCCCGGUGCCCGCAGCUGGCGCGAGCGGGAAGCGUCUAAGAACGCUGGUGCUGGUGCUGAGGGCGCUGGUGCCGCGGCACCACCCGCCGCCUCGGGCCGCCCUGAGCGGACCAGCACCCCAAUGGAGCGUACUGACUCCAACGACCGUCCGUCGGGCCCGCCGCGCUUGAACCUGGCCGGAGGUGGCAAGCCCUCGUGGCGUGACCGUGAGGCCGCCAAAGCUGCCUCGGACGCCCCGAGCGCCGCCGGACCUAGCUCUAGAGACAGCCCGGCACCGCGGACAUUCUCUGGCCGCGGUCCGCCGCCUGCCCGGACAGGGACCCCCCGUGGUGACGGACCGAGCCGUGACGUCAGCCGCGACAUUGGCCGCGAGAAUGGCCGUGGCGACAAGGCCACCCGCGAGGAGUCGCCCGCUGCUCCCAAAGAGUCGUUGACCGCGUCAGGCGCCCCCGGUAAGUACGUGCCCAAAUUCCGGCGCGAUGCUUAA